AUUAUUGAUCCUGGGGGUAUUUUAACCAAAGUAUGCCACAAAUGUGUUAAGACACAGAGAAAUUGUCUCUGUCUGUGAAAAAAAAUGGAUUAAUACGUCUCCCUUAAAGCAAACAGGAGCACUUUGAAUAUAAACACACCCUGAAGUGUGUGCCACCAGUGCAAAAAAGCCAAGAGGUAGGAAAUGUCGUCCAAGCCGGCUAGUGUGCUCAUCACCGGGGCCAACAGAGGCCUGGGCCUGGAGAUGGUUCGACAAAUGACGGAGGAUAAGGGUGGAGUGAAGAAAUUGUUUGCCUGCUGCAGAGAACCAAAUGGACCCAAAUCUGAGACCCUGCAAACGCUGGCUAAGAAGCAUCCGGACAUCAUCAUCGUCAUCCCUAUGGAUGUCAGUGACCUGGACAGCAUAAAAGAGGCGGCCAAACUGAUCAGCUCCCAACUGGGCGGGGAGGGCCUCAACCUGCUCAUCAACAAUGCUGGGAUCGCCUUCAGAAGGACAGUGCAGGAAACCAGUCCAAAGGACAUGGAGAAUAUCUUCAGGGUCAAUUUCAUGGGGCCUCUGAACAUCAUUAAAGAGUUCCUGCCUCAUCUUCGGGCGGCGGUGAAGGUCAGCGGGACUACAGGGAUGUCCUGCAGCAAAGCAGCUGUCAUCAACAUCUCGUCAAACAUGGGCUCAAUAACGACCACAAGGACAUCCUACUCAUUGGUGUCUGGUGUAGCAUACCGUGUCAGCAAGGUUGCUUUGAAUAUGCUAACAGUGUGCGCUGCGGAGGAGAUGAAAAAGGAUGAAAUCUUGUUUGCAGUGCUGCACCCUGGAUGGGUGCGCACAGAAAUGGGCGGGCCAGAGGGGGAAAUUGGGGUUGAGGAGAGCGUAAACGGGAUGCUCGAAGUGAUGGCCUCCAUGAGUGAAGAGCAUAGCGGAGCCUUCCUGGAUUACGAAAACAGAACCAUGCCUUGGUAGCUUAACAUAAACAUCAACCCAAAUCAAGGGGCAUCACCGGGACAAACAAAUCAAGUCUUAGUUUGUUGUUUGUUUGUUUAAAUGGGCCCAACAGUGAUCUGGAUGCAGGUAGUGAUUGGACGGCAAAGGCUGAGGCCACAUCACAUGAUUUUCUUCAUGUCUGUCACUUUUUCCUCUGUACUUCAAUACAAACUAUAAUGUUUAC